AUGGCGGGGAUCUUGGCCACCGCUUUUAUUCUUGCAAGUUACUACUAUAGCCGCCGCAGAGAGAACCCCAACGAUGAUGAAGGCGAAACUUGGUGGCAUCAAUACUACGUCUCAACAAGCACCACAACCAGAAUUGGCGGCGACUUAGAUGAGGAUGCGUUAAAGUGGAUGGCAGUGUGGAAGUACAAGAGUGGCAAAAGCAGAGCCGAUAGCUGUUGUGUUUGUUUGAAUGAAUUUGAAGAGGGAGACAGUGUUAGGGCUUUGCCGAACUGCACCCAUGCUUUUCAUCCUCUUUGCAUUCAGACAUGGCUCAAAUCUCACUCCACCUGCCCUCUUUGUCGUCGUGCCACUGCCCCCGUAGCUCCCCCAUACGCGGUGGUGGAGGACCUCCCUCUCCCUGCAGGAACUGACACUACUACCGAAGAAGAAGAAGAAGAAAGGAUACAUAAUAACGGUAAUGUUGAUAACAACAGUCUGCACAGAAUAAUUGAUAUAAUAAGAGAUGAUCAACUUCAGGUAGGGGGUCAUGAUGAUGAUCAGUCCAUUAAUAAAACUAUCAAGAAGUCAGUUUCUAUGGACCCCCACUCAUUCUCGUCGUCGUCUUCGUCAUCAAAGAGCAGAUACAGAUCUGGUGGAGAUCAAAGAAGCAGUAAGUCCUGCAGCUAUAAGAGAAAACAUGUAUUGCAUUCUGUAUUCAGGAGCCCAAUUGCUAUGAAAAGGUCAUUUUCCGGUAGUGCAAGAUUCUCCCUUAUUACCACAGCUAGUCACACAGCAAGGCACUAA